AAAGACAUGGCAUGGGAACAACAAUCCGUCGGUUGGCAAAAGAUAUCUAUAUAACAGACAGAAAUCAGGCUCAUCUUCAAAUAGCUUCUCACAACAACCCUCGGUACCUACCCAACUUGACCAGAGCCCCAAACCGCGCCGUUACACACCACCACAGCACCCCUAUCCCACCACAAUACACAUCACCACCUCAAACCACCCACCAUGGGCCCCCCCACCACCCCAAUCCGCGUCGCCAUAAUCGGCCUCUCCUCCGCCGCCAAAACAGCCUGGGCCUCCCGCGCCCACCUGCCCUAUCUCCUCUCCCCCACCGGCCAGUCCAAGUACCAGAUCGUAGCCCUCCUCAACUCGAGCGAGGCCGCGGCCCGCGCCGCCAUCGAGGCGUACGACCUGCCGCCCGACACGCGCGCGUACGGCGACCCGGCGGCGCUGGCGGCGGAUGCGGACGUCGAUCUGGUGGUGUGCAAUACGAGGGUGGAUAAGCACUAUGAGACGGUGCUGCCGAGCGUGAAGGCGGGGAAGGAUGUGUUUGUGGAGUGGCCGCUGGCGCAGGAUGUGAGGCAUGCGAAGGAGCUGGCCGAGGCGGCGAGGGUGGGCGGGGGGAGGACUGUGGUCGGGUUGCAGGGGGGGUUGGCGGCGGUGGCGCUGAAGUUGAGGGCGUUGUUGGAGGAGGGGAGGAUUGGGAAGGUGUUGAGCUCGGAGGUGAGGGCGUUUGGGGGGUUGAAUGAUCGGGAGACGAUGCCGGAGGGGUUGCAGUACUUCUCGGAAAGAGCCGUGGGGGGGAACAUCUAUACGAUUGGGUUUGCGCAUCUGCUUGAGGUGGUCCAGGGCGCCAUCGGAGAGCUGGGCUCGGCCAAGGGGGAUUUCCAUCUCCAGCGGCCGGAUGUCCCGAUCAAGGAUGCGACUGGGAAAGUCAUCAGGACGGUACGCUCUGAAGUGCCAGAUUUGAUUCAUUUGGCGGGAAAGUGGGACGAGUCAUCCAUAACGCAAAAGAACGCGACCCUACAUUACCGUCUCCGCCGCGGCCAGGGCUUUCCCGGCGAACCGGCACUGAAUUGGACCAUCAACGGGGAGAAGGGCGAGAUCAGAAUCAUAUCGCCGGAAACGGCAUUCUUGCAGCUCAGCGACGAGACGGUGCCACGCGUCAUCGAAAUCCACAACUUCGAGACGAACGAGGUCGACAAGGUGGAGUGGAAUUGGGAACAGUGGCAGAAUGACAUUGAUUACGCGGGCAGGGGUAUCGGUGCGCUGUACGAGGGCCUUGCCGAAGUCAAGGGCACGGGAGCGAAGGAACACUACCCGACGUUUAACACUGCGGUGAAGAGGCACGAGCUGCUGGAGAACCUAUUGGCGGAGUGGAAGGCUUGAGUUUGAG